GAUGAAGUUCACAGGAGCUCAUCUUCUUCCUCAUCCUCCUCCUCCUCCUCCUCCUCCUCCUUCUCCUUCUCUACUCAUUUCUCACUAACUCCAUCCAUGAAACCAUUCAAUUCCCUCCCUCUUUCCCUCUCCCAAGGGAAACCCAAUACACCCUUCAUCCACCUUAACUAGAUUGUCUCUCUCUCUCCCUCCCGCACUCUCCCUCUACAGAACUAAAUGGCUCCACCGGAUACCGCUCCGCCGAAGCCACAUCCGAUGGCGGAGAAGGACGAGACCGCCCCGGGAUCCGUCUCGCGCAAGGCAGCGUCGUCCCCGUCAUCCGGGAAGCCGCCGGAGCAAGCCCUAAAGUGCCCGAGGUGCGAGUCGUCCAACACCAAGUUCUGCUACUACAACAACUACAGCCUCACCCAGCCCCGCCACUUCUGCAAGACCUGCCGCCGCUACUGGACCAAGGGCGGCGCCCUCCGCAACGUCCCGAUCGGCGGCGGCUGCCGCAAGAACAAGAAGCUUAAGCCCUCCUCCGCCUCGUCCAGGCUCUUCCCCGGCGGGGCGGGCGACCCUAAGGAGUACUACUCCGUGCCGGCGGCCCCACCCCACCCGGAGCUCGGCGGCUUCAAGCUCUUCCAAGGCUUGUCCCCGGCCGUGGAUUUCCAGCUCGGCGGGCUUUCUAAUUUCUCUAAGGCGGUUCAGAAUCACAACCCUCCAGCCCCUGGAAUUUACGGCCAGUUCUCUUCGUUUUCAGAUGCAUCUGCCAUCGAAACGGCCGCCGCCGCCGCUACUAACAGCGCUACCACCUGUUUCUCUCUAGACCCGAUGGCGGGUCCCAGCGGCUCUCUUCUUGGGUUCAACAAUUAUCACGCGCUCCCUCCCUUCAUCACGGCUGCUCCGGGGUUUGCUACAUCCGGUGCACUUCAGGAGUCAGGCGGUUCGAUGAAGGUUGAUACCAAUCUUGCAUCCUCCAUCGAGUCGCUGAGCUCGAUCAACCAGGAUCUGCACUGGAAGCUGCAGCAGCAGAGGCUGGCUAUGCUGUUCGGCGGAGACAAUAACAACAACCAUAAUCCCAAGGCCAACAACGGCGGCGAUGUCGCCUCGUCAAUCAACGUCGCCACCUCACCUUUCGAGGAUCAGCCGCAGAACUUGCGACAGCCUGUCUUGUUCCAGAAUCUGGACGCUACAGGUAGCUCGAGAAAGGAAGGCUCCUCAGUGACGGAGUGGUUCUUCGGGAACGCGUACGCAUCAGUUACAACGCCGAGCCCGACCAACAGCAGCAGUAACGGGAACGACAACAACAAUACCGGCAACUGGAACAGCAAAGGAUCGGGUCAAGCGUUUCAAUACACUGCUUUGCCCUAGCUGCGGAUGUUAGAGAGACACAGAAUAUUAAAAAAAAGAGUAAGUCUUUCAAGGGUUUCACAAUUUAAAAGCUAAAAAAGAUAGCUUGGGAAACAAAGAAAUUAAUUAGAAUCAUUUAAUCUCUCCCCGAAUGUUGCUGUUGGGUUUUACAUGUCUGUUCUUGUGUUUAACUUGUUGGGUUCAAACGAAAUCCACAUGUAACAGUAGCCAAAAAAGAAAAAAGAAAAACAGAAAUAGCAUGCUUUUGAAUAUUUCCUGUUGUAUUAACUGUGUGUAUUUGAUAAGAUGCUAAUCAUUAGGUUUUAGUGUUCUCUAAUUUGUAACCGAAGCUGUGUAGAGGUUCAUGGUUAUAUUAUAUAGCUUUUUUCCUUCGUUUAUG